UAAUGAUACAUUCCCAAUUUGGCUGUCGGAAUUGGCCUACCUAAAAGUUAUUGGCUUGCAGUCCAAUAAGUUCCAUGGUCCCAUAGAAGGUCAUCUAAGCCAGCUUAACUUCACCAGUUUACAAAUCCUAAACCUUUCCAACAACAGCUUCAAUGGUAAACUUCCUUCCAAGUUGUUGCAGAGUAGCCGCGCCAUGAAGGUUAUCGUCGGUCAAGAUAAGCUGGCAUACAUGAAUAUUUAUCAACGGCUUGAUCUGUCUAUUGCUUCAUUCCGCGCAAAUAUGACUUUUGAGAUAACAUUGAUGAAUAAGGGCACCGAAAAGGGAAUAUCUGAAGAUUCCAGAUAACCUUGUGGCAAUUGACCUCUCCAAUAACAAGUUUGAAGGUUUCAUUCCUGAACUCAUUGGAGAUCUGAAGGCACUUCGUAUGCUCAACCUUUCAAACAACUUCCUCAUCGGUAGCAUCCCUCCUUCCCUGGAAAAGCUGACAAUGCUCGAGUCACUAGAUCUUUCCAUGAACAAUCUCGUGGGAGAGAUUCCCCAACAACUAGCCAGCCUCACAUUUCUUGAGGUUUUCAAUGUCUCUCACAAUCGAUUGUCGGGACCAAUACCACGUGGAACACAAUUCGACACAUUCGGGAGCAGUUCAUUCGCGAUGAAUGAAGGGUUGUGUGGAAGUCCUCUGCCAAAUAAAUGCAAAAAUGGCGAUAACGCUCCACCACCACCACCACCACCUCUUUUUGACGUAGAUAAUGAAGAAGAGUCUCUAUUCGACUUGGAUUGGAAAAUCGUGUUGGCUGGCGUUGGAGUUGGGUUUUGGGUUGGUGUUGUUCUAGAGAACUUGAUCAUUGACAAGAAGAGUAGGUGGUUCUUGCACUACUCCAAGAGAAUGGCAAAAGGAUGUCAAAAGGUGAGGAAAGCUCUGGCAGACAAGAAAAUAUGCAGCUAGAUACUUAAUGCUAGAUUUUGAU